UCCAACGGGAUUAUAAGAAAGUACACAAUGGGGCACGAAGAACCUCUGAAGAGACAAGGAUUUGGAUAUUCCCAGCUUAUGCCCUGGACCAUUGCUGUUGUUUUUAUCUCACUUCUUGGUGCCUGCUUUAUUGCAAGCUCUUUGAUCACACACUACAACUUUGCCCGCUGUAAAAGAGGCAUGGAAGAGAUCAUUUUGCCAGAGGACCAUGUGAAGCUGACGUGUAGCAGAGAGCAACCAGCACUGAAAGGGAGUGCCUGGAAUUGCUGUCCUGUUGGCUGGAAGGUGUUCCAGUCCCACUGCUAUUUGCCUUUCAAUAGCAAGAAGAUAUGGGCUGAAACUGAGAGUCCUUGUCGGAGUCUGGGGGCUCACCUGGCCUCCAUCAGCAACGAAGCUGAGCAGAACUUUAUUAUUCAGUUUUUGGAUAGACGAUUUUCAUAUUUCCUCGGACCUACAGAUGAUAACGUUGAAGAUAAGUGGUACUGGGUGGACAACACACCAUUUAACCCACGCAUGGAAUUCCAGUAUCAGGGUGAACCCAGCAACAAUCCGGAAGAAUACUGUCUUGCACUUGUCAAUGACCAAGACAAGUGGGUCAGGAAGAAUAUUUCUUGUAACUUUGCAAGAAGUUAUAUAUGUAAGGCUCCUGGAGUAAGAGUCGACUAGAAAAGGCACUCUCGUGCCACAACGAGACAGGAAAGAAGACCCAUUUAGGAUGAGGAAGAAUAUACAGCCAUUACUGGAAUGGA